AUGCCUGAUUCAACAUGUUCGACGCCGCUGCCGUCCCGGAUAGCUUCGUUGGUGCACGAUCAUUUCGAUGCCUUACCAAAUCGCAGUAAACCAACGAUCUUCCCUGAUGGCUCUAGGGAGUGGAUCCCCAUGACUGGUAUUGUAGCCGUGAAGGGUGAAGAUACACCUUCGGAGAGUCUGCACUGCAUAAGUAUCACGAGUGGAGCAAAAUGUCUAUCGGCGUCUCAAAUGCAGCGCUGUCGAGGCCUUGUUCUACAUGAUUGUCAUGCGGAAAUAUUAGCUAUUCGUGCUUUCAACUAUUGGCUCUUGACGGAAUGUCAAGGUUUGAUGGCCGAAGAUAGGAGCACUUCGAACCCCUCAUCAUCGUCAUUCAUCCAAAGGAGAGCUAAAAAUGAAUGCAAUACCUCCUCGGAGUCUUCAAUAGACUGGCCGCCUUUUGAAUUCCAGCGUGACGUCAAGUUAUACAUGUACUGCACAUGUGCUCCAUGUGGCGAUGGUAGCAUGGAGCUUUGCAUGGCAUCCCAAGAAGAUGCAACACCAUGGGAGGUGGUUCGCAAGACCAAACAAGAUCCAGAAACACAAGAAGGUCCCACUUUGGUGGAUGACGAUCUUCUGGAUGGUCGAGCUCAUUUUUCUCUUCUGGGUGUUGUACGCCGCAAACCAUCACGAACAGACGCUGAGUCCACACGCAGUAAAUCCUGCUCAGAUAAACUUGCCCUGAAACAGGUCUCUUCUUUGCUUUCAUGGCAAACUAGUCACCUUGUUGCUCCAACGAAGAACGCGUACCUGGCGGGGCUUAUUCUUCCCGAGGAUGAAAUUAGUCGCAUUGCAUGCGAGAGAUCCUUCGGAGAGAAUGGUCGGAUGAAAGCAUUGAGAGAGCGGCAUUGGACUGGUGAGACUACAGACGAUACAGUUGGGUACCGAUUUCACCCAUUCCAAGUCCUCUCUGUGCCCGCUGAGGAGAUUCAAGCUCUUUGGCGAUUUGCGAAGCCAAAAUCUAUAACUCAGACGUCGUCUCCACCAAAAGACCAUACACUGGCUACAGAAACCCAGGCAUUACCAAAAAAGAGUAAGCCAGGGAAUGUGAGUGGAGUUUGGGCUGCAGCACCAUCAUCUUCACAUAUGAAUACCAUGAAGUUAUCAGAAACUGGUAGCAAGCAGCUGCCGUCACUUGUAAAAUCUACAACCGGCUUAUACGAAACAAUCAUUGGAGGGGUGAAGCAGGGCUACAAGGCAUCUUCGAUCGUCCCACGAGGUGCUUCAGUGCUUUCUAGAGCGAAGCUAUGGGCUCUCGUGGAAAUCAUGGUCGGGCUAAGUGGUGACGCACAAGAUCAUCAGCUUGAAAUCCCGAGCACUAAGACGAAUAUUGCAGCAUCGCAUGGGCCUUGCGAAGGGUCAGGCUCUGAACUCAAAAACACAACUACAUACCAGAGUAUAAAGUACAAUAUAGCCUCAGCUCCCCUCCGAGUCCGAAGAGAGGCGAUACGAGAUGCCAGAGAGGCUCUCAAAGGUUGGGCUCCAAAUUUUGGUGAUGAGAAUUGGGGAUUGGACGUUUUGAUAGAUGCUAAGAAACGAAAGCGCUGA